GGCAUGCGCUACUCUAUCUCUUUCUAUACGGACCGCGGUGGCUGACGUUCGCCUCGUAGAGUCCAUUGAGUUUUGUGUAUUUAUAUUAAAAUAGUUCCAAAAUGGGUUUCGUUAAAGUUGUGAAGAAUAAGCAGUACUUCAAGCGCUUCCAAGUCAAGUUCAAGAGGCGUCGUGAGGGAAGGACUGACUACUACGCCCGCAAACGCUUGGUCAUCCAAGACAAGAAUAAAUACAACACCCCCAAGUACCGUUUCAUCGCGCGUCUCUCCAACAAGGAUGUCACCUGCCAGGUGGCGUAUUCCCGCAUCGAGGGUGAUCACAUCAUCUGCUCUGCAUACUCCCAUGAGUUGCCCAAGUACGGUGUCAAGGUUGGUUUGACCAAUUUCGCCGCUGCUUACGCCACCGGUCUCCUCUGCGCCCGUCGUCUGCUCAAGAAGCUCAACUUGGACACCCUCUAUGAAGGAAACACGGAGGUCGAUGGUGACGAAUACAAUGUAGAAUCCGUUGACGAUGGCCCAGCUGCCUUCAGAUGUUAUUUGGAUACUGGUCUUCAACGUACCACCACCGGUGCCCGCGUCUUCGCCGCCAUGAAGGGCGCCGUCGACGGUGGACUCAACAUUCCUCACUCCACCAAGAGGUUCCCAGGCUACGAUGCCGAAUCGAAGACCUUCAACGCCGAGGCCCAUCGCGCCCACAUCUUCGGUGUGCACGUUGCCGAUUACAUGAAGUCCUUGGAGGAGGAGGACCCAGAGGCGUUCAAGCGUCAGUUCAGCAGGUACAUCAAGCUGGGCAUCAACGCCGACCAAAUCGAGAACAUGUACAAGAACGCGCACGCGGCCAUCCGCGCCGAUCCUGGACACGACAAGAAACCGGAACGCAAGCCGGCUACCCUCAAGAGAUGGAACCGCGUCAAGAUGACUCUGUCCGAGCGCAAGAACCGCAUCGCCCAGAAGAAGGCUUCCUUCUUGAAGAAGCUCGAAUCGCAGGGAGAAGCUUAAUUCAAUUUUUUUUUUCUGUAAUACGUUGAGCGUAUCUACUAUAAUAAAGAUUCCCAAUCAAUACGACAA